CGUUAUAGAAUUGAAUUUUAAACGCAGCUACAAAACGUCGGUGCAUUUUAUAUUUCAAUUAUUGAAAACGGAAACAAAAAAAAAAUUCAACAAAUAAGUGAUAAUAAAAGUAUUUAAAAAAGUGAAUACAAAAAUUUAAAAUUUUUCAAGUUGAAGGUGAAAGAUUAAAAAAAUACAGUUCAACUAAAAUAAAAAUUUAACUUUAAGUAAAUAAUAUUUUGGUGUAUUAGUGCGGAAAUUUAAAUAAAAAGUGGUCUUUUAAUAUAGAAAAAAAACUCUUACACUUAGUUUUUUAGAUUUUUUUUCUUGAUUUUGUUAACAAUCCGAUUCAUAAAAAUACCUUUGAUGCUACAGUUGCAACAAAGAAAACUCUUGUGAAAGAAUAGCCGAAAAAAGUCAAAGCUAUUGAGAAAUUACAACUAAGGCAGACCAUUAAAAAACAGAACAAAGUGUUACGCAAAAAUGUUGAGGAACAAAACAAAUGACGACAAAGCCGACACCUUGCUGGCCAAGAGUUUGGUGCCCAUCAUUGAUUUGGCUCAUUGUGGUACCGAAGAAUGUCCAGUAAAAUCGGUGGUCACACGCGUUGGUCAUCAACUACACAAAGCACUCACAGAAAAGGGUUUGGCUCUUUUGGUCAAUCAUGGUAUUUGCGAUGAAAAGUUAAAAACCGCCUGGGAUCACUUAGACGAUUUUGUAGAUCUACCCACAGAUGUGAAAGAACACUACAUACGUUCGGGUGAUGACAAUCAUGGCUAUGUGAGUCCCGGCAUUGAACGUUUCGAUGGCAAAACACCAGAAUUACGUCAUGCUUUCAAUAUCUGCACACUGAAUGCCAAGAAUCUCCCCGAGGAGCCAUUGCCUGGUUUUGCCGAUCACAUAUCCGUAUUGGCGGAAGACUUCAAAGCUUUGGCUCGUUUCGUUUUGCAGGCCUUGGCCAUAUCCUUGGAUAUUCCACAGACAUUUUUUGUGGAAAAACAUUCGCACAUGUUGUCUGGGGAUCAUGAUAAUGAGACCACUCUGCGUCUUUUAUACUAUCCUCCCAUAGUGGAAGAUGAUGAGAACAGUAAAAAUGCCUUUGUUAAGGGACGUUGUAAAUACAGCUAUCAACGUUGUGUCUCCAAUCAGCCCGAUUUUCGCCCAGAAUAUAAUCCACGUGAUGAUUACAAUGAGUUGGAUGGUGAGGCCUUGAAGAAUUCGGAGACCACAGAAAGACAUUUGCCCAAUGGCGAGGUUAUACAUUGCGGUGCUCACACAGAUUAUGGAACAUUCACACUACUCUCACAGGACUCAGAAGGUGGGCUGGAGGUGCAAUUACCCGGCAGCGAUAAAUGGCAUAGGGUUGGCCAUUUGCCUGGGGCAAUUUUAGUAAAUUGUGGCGAGAUAUUGUCCAUAUGGACACAAAAUAAAUAUGCAGCAUUGCCCCAUCGUGUUGUUGUACCCGAACAAGAGCAUUUACGUUCCCGCGGACGUCAUUCGAUAGCCUUCUUCUGCCAUCCAGAUAAUUUAACGAUGAUAUCUCCUAAUGAUUUGCCCCUGCCUGCCGACAAUCAAGAUGCCAUCAGCAAAAAGCCCCGCAAGAAGUCAUUCAAGGCGGCGAAAGAAAAAGUCUACAAUGCUUACCAGUUAAUACAGAAACGUUUUCGAGAUACUUACCAAAAUGGUUCACAGUGAUAGUUAAGGAGACACCUUUAAAUAAGAAUGUGCAGAAUCCUCCCAUAGACUGGCUAAAGGGUUCUUGAAGUCAUGCAACCUUUUUUUUAUUAUUUACUAAAAUUUAAGUAAAUUCAUUUUAUAAAUCAUUCAUUUUCACAAAAGAUUCUUAAUAGAUCAUACUGCAAGAAAAGAAAAACAAAAGUGAUUAUAUUUUUUAGUUUACAACACAAGCGCCACCACCACCACAAACACUACUUUACCAACUUACACACAUGCAUAUAUAAAUUCUAUGUGUCCAACAUAAUUAUUUUCCUUUUGGUAAAAUUUUUUUUUUAAUUUAUACAAAAUUUAAUUAUGUGAAAAUAUACACUCUUGAGUAUAUCUUAGACAUACUUAUAGCAAAAAAUGUAACCCAUUGUUUUUGUAGCAAAAAGAAAAGAAUUUUAAUAAGAUGAUAUUAUAAUUUUCCAUAAAAAACAUGGGCGUUAAUACAAGAA